UCACUGAGUCGAGCCGCGCACUAUUUGUCGUGGCUGUACCCCGCCUGCCGGAAUCCGGAGGACUAACCAUGGCGACGGCUGCGGAGCAAUGGGUGCUGGUGGAGAUGGUGCAAGCGCUGUACGAGGCUCCUGCUUACCAUCUUAUUCUGGAAGGAAUUCUAAUACUUUGGAUAAUCAGACUUGUUUUCUCUAAAACUUAUAAAUUGCAAGAGCGUUCUGAUCUUACAGCCAAGGAAAAGGAAGAAUUGAUUGAAGAGUGGCAGCCAGAACCACUUGUUCCUCCUGUCUCAAAAGACCAUCCUGCGCUCAACUACAACAUCGUUUCCGGCCCUCCUAGCCACAACAUUGUAGUGAAUGGAAAAGAAUGUAUAAACUUUGCCUCCUUUAAUUUUCUUGGAUUGCUGGACAACCCUCGGGUCAAGGCAGCAGCAUUAGCAUCUUUAAAGAAAUACGGCGUGGGUACCUGUGGACCUAGAGGAUUUUAUGGCACAUUUGAUGUUCAUCUGGAUUUGGAAGAGCGCCUGGCAAAAUUUAUGAAGACUGAAGAAGCUAUCAUUUACUCAUACGGAUUUUCAACCAUCGCCAGCGCCAUUCCUGCUUACUCAAAAAGAGGGGACAUCAUUUUUGUGGACAGCGCAGCCUGCUUUGCUAUCCAGAAAGGAUUACAGGCAUCACGGAGUGACAUUAAGGUAUUUAAGCAUAAUGAUGUAGCUGACCUGGAGCGACUACUAAAAGAACAGGAGAUCGAAGAUCAAAAGAAUCCUCGCAAGGCUCGUGUGACUCGACGUUUCAUUGUAGUAGAAGGACUAUAUAUGAAUACUGGGACUAUCUGUCCUCUUCCGGAAGUGGUUAAGUUAAAAUACAAAUAUAAAGCAAGAAUCUUUCUGGAGGAAAGCCUUUCAUUUGGUGUCCUUGGGGAGCAUGGCCGGGGAGUCACAGAGCACUAUGGAAUCAGUAUUGAUGACAUUGACCUUAUCAGUGCCAACAUGGAGAAUGCUCUGGCAUCUGUUGGAGGCUUCUGCUGUGGCAGGUCUUUUGUGAUUGACCACCAGCGACUCUCUGGCCAGGGAUACUGCUUCUCAGCUUCCUUACCUCCCCUGCUAGCCGCCGCCGCCAUUGAGGCUCUCAACAUCAUGGAGGAGAAUCCAGGCAUUUUUGCAGUUUUGAAGGAAAAAUGCCAAUACAUCCACAGAGCUCUCCAGGGCAUUUCUGGACUAAAAGUGGUGGGGGAGUCCCUUUCCCCAGCAUUUCACCUCCAACUGGAAGAGAGCACUGGGUCUCGGGAGAAAGAUGUGAAACUACUUCAGGAAAUCGUAAAUCAAUGCAUGAACAGACGCGUUGCAUUAACUCAGGCGCGCUACUUGGAGAAGGAAGAGAAGUGCCUCCCUCCUCCGAGCAUCAGGGUUGUGGUCACAGUAGAACAAACAGAGGAAGAACUGGAGAAAGCUGCAUCCACCAUCAAAGAGGUAGCUCAGGCUGUGCUGCUGUAGGCUACAGCCAGUGCCCAGUGGCCUACAGAACUCCUUGGAGACCUCUCGCUGGCCAGGGAGUGACCUAAGAACUCUAUGUCAUUGGAAUCGCUGUUCCGCAGUGUGGCUAUAGGCUGAAUGCAUGUCCAUGGACGAUGGAUGGAUUUUUGAAAACACGUUUAAAAGCCCAAGAGCUGACUUUUUAGAGGAAGACAGAUGACAACAUCUAACUGGUAUUUAAAUUGUGCCAUUUAGUACUGUUCAAAUGUUUUACCAUAUUAGCAUUUUAUAUUCCUUUUGUUGUUAAAAACUGGAGUUUUAUUCUUCUUCUCUCCCAUCUGUAGUAAUGAUUCUGUAAGCUCUCCUUCAUAUUUCAUAGAAAAAGACUUUGCAACCUGCUGCUGAGAGGAAAUUGUAUGUGAUACGUUUCCUGUGGGGGAGGGCUGAUGCAGCUGCCCUUUUCCAGUCUCUGUCCUGUUGAACUGAAUAGUGGCUGAUAUGCAAAGAAACACCUUUUGGUAUUACAAAGUCCAUAUAAUAUAUUUGAAUCCUAGAAUUUUCUAUGCACUGGAUAGUGAGAUUGUCAUUUCUAAUCUUCACAUCACUAGCCAGAGAAUAUUCAUGCUACUUCCCAAGCAAUAAUUUGAAUCAAACAUUUUAUUUUCUUGUAAUUGACUUUAUAUUUAUUAUAUAUUAACUUCUAAUUGGUUUUCGGAAGAAGGUUACGAUGUUGAUCCCAAAAUGUAAAUCGUAUCCAUGAAAUUUGAGACUAUCUCAAAUGUACUCCUUUCUUAUUGGUGGUCUUGUCUAUGGACAUAAAACUAUGAGCUUUUCUAAGCUGAGAAAAACAAUGACUUCUUUUCAUCUUAUAAAUUCCAGGUGCCUAAGAAAGGUGUAAAAACGCUAAAAGUGAUUUUUAAGUUAUCCAGUUUUUUCUUUGGCAAACCAAGUUAGGUGGUAAAGGCUUGAGUUUUUAGCCACAUGAUAGCAACAGUAAUAGCAGUGCCAUUAUUCCCUUGUUAAAAAGGUAAAGGGAUUAGAUUUUUUUAAUGUAAUUCCGUGAUCUAUGUUCAUAUUAACAAGCGAACUUCAAUGACUUUUUAAUGAUCUGUGAUAUUUUAAUGUUGAAUUUCUCUUUUGCUUGAGGUGCCUUGUGAUUGCUGCUGCUCUAAGGAUACAGUCCUGUCUGGGGAUGAGUCUGUUUUGUUGUGAUUUUUAAUGAAAUAAACCUCCACUUCUGAAGAUCCA